UCUUCCCGCACGCCGCCCCCCCGCCCCGCAAGCCCAAGUUCUGCGACCCGCUCUACCGCCUCGUCGUCCGCGACCAGUACGACGCCGCCCGCGCCAUCCACGCCGAGCUCCGCGCCCACGCCGUCUACAUCCAGCCCCGCCACGAGUACCUCGCUCCCGCCGCCGCCGCCCUCCGCGCAGCCGACCCCGACCACUUCUUCCUCUGGCUCGCCCUCUACCCGAACAAGCCCGCCACCGCCAACACCCCCGAGCUGCGCGCCGUCUGGGACCCCGUCCUCGCCCUCGUCGUCGCCGCACUCGAGCAGUCCGGCCCGGAUACCGCCUUCCUCGGCCGUUUCCUGCACGCCACCGCCAAGCUCGGCCUCCUCCCCACCGUCCUCCCCGCCCUCUGCCCGCACCUGACAUUCGCCCUCCCGCCCGCCGCGUCCUACCCCCUCCUCGCCGCCGCGGUCGCUGCCUACACCCGGUACACCACGUCUGCCGAAUCGACCUCGAAGCGCGCACACGUGCAGCGGGCCGUGGUGAGACGGCAGGUCGCCGCCAUGUGGGCGGCGUAUCUGCGCGGGCUGGUGGCCGCCGGGUGGAGGGACGAGGCGAAGGAGCUGUUUGAAGCGCCGCCCGGCGGCGUCCAGUGGGACCUGUCUACAAGGCGCUAUAUCCUCAGUCGGCUUGCACCAUGUCCUCCCUGUCCUUCCGCUCCCGAACCACUCGACUCGGCACCCUUUGCAAAACAACUCUUCUCGACCUCGCUCUCCCCCGCGCACCUAGCAUCCGUCAUCCAUGCCCUCUCUUCCCCGCCGCUCUGCACGACCCAUCCGAAACUGCUGCCCCGCUUCAAGCACAGGUUCCUGCGACCCACUUCCACUUCAGGCGCGAGAGAACGAGAACGAACAUGGCUGCAUGCGGAAAUCAUAAACCACCAAAAACAAGGACGGCACCAAGGGGCCGUACAGACGUUUGUCCAUCAUUUCUUCUGGGCCGGCUUACCUCCCCAUCCCUUUUCUUCUUCUAUCCUCGCGACGUCGAAAGACGCAUCCGCAAAACACUACCCCUCCAUCCAGAUCCUAGUCACCCUCCUGCCUUCGCUCCUCCCGCUCCUCCCCGCCCCGCUCGCAAGCUCUGUACCAAAGUACCUGAACGCGUAUGUCCAGCUCGCCCUCGCCCCGGUCUCGUCCCCCGACUCGCCCGACUCGGCACUGGCACCCGCUCUAAGGCCAAACAGCGUGAUGUGGAGCGUGGUCGUGCGGGAGAUUGUACACUGGGCAGGGGGUGCGAAGGGUCUCGAGGAAGGACGAAAGGUUUUGAUGCUGGCGCGGCGGGCGGCGAGCGUCGGUGGGGAAGGGAAAAGGGAUGAUAUGCCGGGAGAAGCGGCGUACAGGGCGUUGUUGUUGGCGUUGGCGGGACGGAGGAGGGUGGAUGAGAUGUACGAGUUGUUGGAUUAUAUGGAAGGUGUUUCGUCGUCACCCACGCCCGACACGAUCGGCACCUCGCCAAAGACAUACAUCCCCCUCGUCGCCAUCCUUGCCAAAACCGGUCUCGCAGCCGACGCGCAGCGGGUGUUGCAGAGGGGAGUUGAGAAAUUCGGCGAAGCGUGGGUUCAAAGUGUUGUUCUGGAUUAAAGCGGAUUCUUAAUGUACUAAUUUUUUCGGGAUAUUGGGAUCAAAAUGACAUCAAGGUAUAGAUGGGAUAGAGACAAUAGGUUUUAGAUGUAUUGCAUCUGUGACAAACG